AUGGCGUGGACCGAGCACACCUCGAGCUCUGGCCGCCCCUUCUUCUACAACCCGGCUACCGGCGCCUCGGUGUGGGAGCGUCCGGCGGGAAUUUCCGAAGCGCGAGUGUUCUCGCGAGACACUCCGCCGACGCUGCGCGCCUGCAUGGCCACGGACCGGCGCGUGCGGGCACUGGCUGGUGCGAUCGUCCGCCGGUGUGGCGUCGAUGCGCUGCCGCGUGUGCAGGCGGCUGGCGCCGACACGUCUCUGUGCGCCGACGGCCGUGGAGGCGCCUUCUGCUGCGAGUCGAACCGCAUUUUCCUGUGUGCGUCGACGGCGUGGGUCUCGUGCCGCGAGCUGGCGUACGAGCUGUCGCACGCCUACAACACGUGCACCCACGUCACGCGCUGCGCGCACGGUGGCAUACAGGUGGAUGACGCGUCUUGCGGCUACCUCUCUCCUCCCGAUCUCGCCUGCUCCGAGCUGCGCGCGGCAUAUUGGACGGAGCGCUGUGCGGGCCGUGCAGAGAGGGACGAGGCGCGGUGCCUCAAAUGGCACGCGGCGUGGGCGCUCCGCGCUUGCUAUCCCUCGGAUGAGCACCACCCAGCCCAUGUGCGCCACGCUGUGCAAGAGUGCACACCCAGAGGCGCAGACGCCAACCUCACGCGAGGCGGCGGCGACGAUGAACAGGAAGCGGUUGGGCGCCCAGGGGAGGCGACGGCGGCCGACGCAAAGCGAGUGUAG